AUGACUGUUUUAAAUAAUAUCGACCAGUGGGUUGAAAAUAAUAAUAAUAAUAAUAAUAAUAAUAAUAAUGAUAAUACCCAGAAUCCUAACAAUUAUAAUCAUCAAGACUUUUUACAACAAGCUCCUCCUUUAAACUUAAAUAUGAACAUCAAUAGUGCCAAUACUUUCGAUUCAGAACUUGCUUCAAUAGUAUCAUCUUUAAGUGUAUUAUCAAAUAAUCCUAUUAAUACAACAAAUACGAACAACAACGCAAAUAUUUCUUCAUAUACUUCUCCUAAUCAACAAAUUGGCGGAUUUAGAAGAUCAAGUUUAAAUCAAUCUGAUAUGGAAUCUGAUAUCUUAUACUUAAAUAGUAAUUCUAUCACCGCUAAUAACAAUAAUAAUAUGAUUAAUUCCGAUUUUAUUAAGAGAACUACCCUUUCUGUUGGUGCAGUUCCAACAAAUUUUCAACAAUAUUCUACUACAUCAAAUACCAAUACCAAUAACAAUAAUAAUAACAAUAAUAAUACCAACGAAAUGAACCCACAAAGUUAUUAUUCUUCAACAUCUUCUUCUUCUUCUCCACCAAUUCAAUCUAUACAAGGUCAUCCUCAUGUGUCAAAAAGUAUUAACGAUAUUCAAUCUCAUUUCCAAAAUCAUACUAUCAAUAGUAGUAGUAGUAGUAAUAAUAAUAGCGAUUAUGGUAAUAAUAUCAAUAAAGGGAAUAACAACAGCAACAAUAAUACAUAUAAUAAUAAUAAUAAUAAAAGAUUGGAUUUAUUAGGUCAAUAUCCCGCUACUAUAGCUGAUCCAAUGACUUCUUAUCAAUCUACAAAUAAAAAUAAAGGUAAUUUUUUCGAGAAAUUUGGGAAAUCAUUGAUCGAAGGUACAAGAGAAAUUGAAUCUCAAGGUGAUAAUAAUAAUAACUCAACUACUAUUGAUUUGAAUUCUAAUAGAUCAGAAGUAAGUUUAGCAACUCAAACAACCCUUUCAAAUUCUAUUGAUGAUUAUGAUAAUGAAUCUUCCAUUGCGGGCUCUAGCGAAUAUUAUCCUAAUUUUAUUCCCAAUCAAAAUCGCUUUCAAAAUAAUAAUAACAAUAACAAUAACUCUGUUUGGAAUCCUGCAAAUGCCCAAAGUUUUAGACCACAACAAAAUAAUUUAGAUCCAUAUUAUCAACAACAACAACAACAACAGCAACAAAUUCAUCCAACUUAUUUUCCAACAGGAGCAUUCCCUUAUCCUCAUUUCCCUCAACAACAACAAUUCUCAAUAUCAUCUCCAACUGCAUACCUAUCUCAAAUGCUUUCCCCUCCUUCUAAUUUCAAUUAUAAUAAUACCAAUACUGGUGAUAUGAGUAUUAAUCAAUUUCAACAGAACAUUGCUUCCAAAAAUAAUUUCGAAGAAGGAUCAACCACUUCCUCUACCACUAAUUCUUCUGAUUCUCCAUUACCAACAUCUCAUCAUGAUACUACUAUCCAAGUACCACCAUCUUCAUCAUCUUCAUCACAACAACAACAACAACAACAACAACAACAACAACAACCAAUGUUCCCAUACCCUGUUCUAAAUCCACUGAUGUAUGUUCCACCUCCAAAUCAACAACAGAAUCCACAAGAUUUUGUUGAUUUCGAAAAUGCACACAACUAUUCUUAUCAUAGUGCUGGUGGCAGUGGAAGUGCUGGUAGUAUUAAUAUUAAUACUUUGAAAAACAAUAAUACAAAUCCAUAUUUAGAUACAUCAAAUCAUGUCAAUAAUAAUAUCUCCGCCAUGAUUCCAACAGACAACAAUGCCAAUAUUAAACAAAAGAACAAUCAUAAUAAAAAAAUUUCGGUUUUCAAUCCUAAAAAGAAUAAUAAAAAAUAUCCAUCCACAUUUGAUCAAAUUCAUAAUAAUAAUAAUAAUAGUCCUGUAAAUAGUAAUAAUAAUAAUAAUAACAACAACAAUGAUAAUACCAAAAAUAACAAACAACAGUUAAAUAAACUUCAUAUGAAAUCAAACAGGAUUAAAAACAAUACCGAACAAGAAGAUAAGAACACCAAUGCGACACAAACAAGCUAUCAUAGAUCACCAAUUUUAGAAGAAUUAAGAUCAAAUCCAAAUAAGAUUAAUCUUACAUUAAAGGAUAUCUUUGGUCACAUAUUAGAAUUUUGUAGAGAUCAAUAUGGUUCCAGAUUUAUUCAACAUGAAUUAUCUAUAUGUUCCGAGUCAGAAAAGGAAAUCAUUUUUAAUGAAUUGAGAAAUGAAGCAUUGAUCUUAUCAAAUGAUGUAUUUGGUAAUUAUGUCAUUCAAAAAUUCUUUGAAUUUGGUUCCAUAACUCAAAGAGAUAUUCUUGUGGAACAAUUUAAUGGUAAAAUGAAAGAAUUAUCAUUACAAAUGUAUGCAUGUAGAGUGAUUCAAAAAGCUUUAGAAUUUAUUAAACCUGAACAAAGAUUAUCAUUAGUAUCAGAAUUAUCUGAUUGUAUUCUUAUGACCAUUAAAGAUCAAAAUGGGAAUCAUGUCAUUCAAAAGGCAAUAGAAUAUAUCCCAUUGAAAUCAUUACCAUUCAUUUUAAAUUCAUUGAUUGGUCACAUUUAUCAUUUGUCCACUCAUUCUUACGGUUGUCGUGUCAUUCAAAGAUUAUUGGAAUUCGGUUCUGAUAAAGAUCAAUAUAUAAUAUUAAAUGAAUUAAAAGAUUUUAUCCCUUAUUUGAUUCAAGAUCAAUACGGUAACUAUGUCAUUCAAUAUAUCUUACAACAACAUGAAGAUAAUGAAGCAUCCAAAAUUUGUCCAUUAAUGCUUGAAACAAAACAAGAAAUUAUUAAAAUUGUUUCUAAAAAUGUCGUUGAAUUUUCAAAACAUAAAUUUGCAUCAAACGUUGUGGAAAAAUCAAUAAUUUAUGGUAAUGAAUCACAAAGGAAAUUAAUUAUUUCUAAGAUUGUUCCAAGAGAUAAAGAAAAUGCAGAAAAUUUAGAAGAUAAUUCUCCAAUGAUAUUAAUGAUGAGAGAUCAAUUUGCCAAUUAUGUCGUACAGAAAUUAGUCACCAUUUCAGAAAAUGAAGAUAAAAAAUUAAUAGUAAUUGCUAUCAGAAGUUAUUUAGAUAAAUUAAAUCAAUCAAAUUCAUUGGGUAAUAGACAUUUAGCAAGUAUUGAAAAAUUAGCUUCAUUAGUUGAAACAGUUGAAAUUUAA